GACUGGUUCCUGCCUAUGCAUAAACAAUAGCACUUCCUAGAGUUCAAAAAGCACACUCCAAAUUUUAUCAGAGUAAAGUACAUCUACUACAUAGCACGGAUCAAGAAAUGAACCUUCAAAAUUUCAGCUUUAUUCUGCAGGCUGCAGCUACUUUCAGUAUACAAUAUCUGGUGAUAUAUCAAACUUAUGAGGUUGGCUAACAUCUACAAUCAGUAUGUUGGGGCGCUAGAAGGACGAUACACAAACGGUCUGACGCCGGUGAGAAUAUCCGGACGGCUUGUUGUAACUGAACUUCAGUCCUUUGCUAGAAGGACCCAGUUGGUUGCAGUGCUCGUGGAAGCUGCUGAUAGGUCUUGCCAGGCAUGCAUCCCAACGGUCCGCUUUCAGGCAUGGUUUCUGCAACAGUGUACACCCCUUUAGCAUUUGUGAAUGCUUGAUAGUUGACUACUUCUCCUGGCUUUGUUAUGCACAGAACGGCUACUUCAGCACCUGUAGUUUUCAAGAGAGGUUCAAAUAUCAGCAGCAGCUCUCCAUGUGAGAAGGAAUUGCAGUAAAGAAGGUACAACUAACUCUAGUACAAGAUUGUCUCCAAGCGCCGGCCAAAAUCUGUUCUUUCAUUCAGCCAAAUUAAUGACAAGUAGCGAGCAAAAAGGUUUUCAAGCAGCUAAGGAAUCUAAAUGCUUGCUAUUUAGACGACAUGAUGCAAGAGACUUCAGUUUCGAGAGUGCCAGAAAGCAUCUCGAUCAAGUGCAAAUCCACAAAGAACAUGCUGCAAUAAACAAUAAACAAGAUGAUGAUUUUGAAAGGGAUGAUCGAGAGAGGAAGAUAAAGGUGAUCAGUGAUCACUUUACUCCAUAGAAUCCAUCUACAACAAGAAGUCUGAGGGAUGUUAACUCAGAAUGAGAAUGGCAUUUGUGCAUCCAGCUUUGCCAGAGUAUCUAAAUGCUCAACCUCAACAACAGUGGUGAUAGUACUUCUGUGAUCAACACAAAUGAUGAGAUCACCCUUUCAAAUCUCAUCAUUUCUGGAACAUUUCAAUGUACAAAAAUGACAGCAUUGCAGUAAUCUUGCUCGUGAAAGGUUUGAUUUUUGAACCCACUGAACCUCAAACAACACCACCCCUCUCCCUCAUUAGAGAUCUACUUUACAAAAACAUGGUUAAACAGCUCAGUAGACACCAAACUUAAGAACCACAGAUUGAAAGCAAAUUUUGCAUCAAACAAAUCAGUGAUUCGUUGAGCAGAGCUGCAAGCAACUGCUGUCGUCGGUGGGUAGACGAUUUAUGACUUUUAUGUUCGUGACUCAGGUCAGGUGCUAAAACCUGGAAAAAUAUUGUGAAAUUUUUGGGUAGCAGAUAGAAAUUAUCAUGAAAUUGGUGCUGCAAACUGGUAAAUUGAUAGAGAUGCAAAAAAUUUAAAGCACAUUAUCAGAGCCUGGUUUCGAUCCAGGGACCUGUGGGUUAUGGGCCCACCACGCUUCCGCUGCGCCACUCUGAUGAAUUGAUUAUUCAUUGCAAAGUCAAUUAUUCGUACAGUUCUCUGUAAAAGCUAAUGAGAAUUGAGACCAUGGAACCGGCGAACAAUCUUCCAGCGACGAGGAAAGCUUUGGCGAGAGAACGAAAAUGAGACGGCGACCAGGAAUCGGCGGCCUACAGACGGCUGCCAAUGCUAGGGAUCAAUAUCGGCUCCUGGGUGAAAAUGUGGCCAAGCUACGAACCGACCUUAUGAAAGAGCAGCUCGCCACUUUCCGCUCUCAGCUGGAAGAUUUUGCCCGCAAACACAAGAAUGACAUUCGCAAGAACCCAACAUUCCGGACACAAUUCCAUGAUAUGUGUGCUAAAGUAGGAGUGGAUCCGUUGGCCUCAAAUAAGGGAUUCUGGGCAGAGCUGCUUGGAAUUGGUGACUUCUAUUAUGAACUUGGGGUACAAAUUGUUGAGAUAUGUUUAAACACGAGAUCUCAUAAUGGAGGUCUGAUAAACCUGCCAGAGCUCUGCAAUCUACUUCGCCAGAGGAGGAAAGGUGAUCGCGGAGCUGUGACUGAGGAUGACUGCUUGCGUGCUAUAAGUAAACUUAAGGUAAUGGGGAGUGGUUUCGAGGUUAUAUCUGUUGGCAAGAAGAAGUUGGUUCGGUCUGUGCCAACGGAACUGAACAAAGACCAUAAUGAAAUUUUGGAAUUGGCUCAGGCGCAAGGCUUUGUAACUGUUGAUGAGGUGGAAAGGCGCCUCUCUUGGACAACUGGUCGAGCCAUUGACGCCUUGGAUACACUUUUAGAGGAAGGGCUUGCCAUGAUCGACGACGGCCACAGGGAUCGCAAGCGAAGAUACUGGUUCCCCUGUGUCUCCUCCAUCUCCUCUGCAUUUGGGGACUGAUAUUUGAAGUGGUAUCUUCCCUGGUCAAUUUCAGUUUUGUUUCAUGUUUCCAGUCCAUGCUUGGAUGCAAAAUGUUGUUGAUGUUGUACAAACAAUUUCAACUUUGCUUAUCUUAAAGCGAAUCAGUACAGGAUGCAGAAGAAUGUAUGGACUGUGGUAAUAUAGUAGAGCUAUGCAACUACCAAAACAUUUCAUUCAUUUUUUCCUAGUGCAACAUUUGAUUGUCUGAUUGUGAUCUCAGCCUCCUCCUCUUCUGUCCAGGCAGAGUUGGGGUCACAUUCCAGGACCUAGGUUUUACCCCAAGCUGAAAGUAGUUGUUGUAAGCAUGGUACCGGAGGCCGUAUCGGGAAGAUUAGCGGUAGGGUAUUUUAUAGUAAAAUCGUGGUUUGAUCGUAGUUCAACCGUAGUACUGUUAAAUACCGCCUACCGAUUUAGCAUCUAAUACUAGUAUUUCGUGGUUGAACCGCCGGUAUGGUACGGUUUCAUGGACCUUGAUAAUAACGCAAGCAAAGGAUU